AUGAAAAAGCUGCUCAUUGCUGGAGAUUAUCACAACGCGGAGUCUACUGGCUGCAUUGGCGCCAUUAAUCGCGAGAAAGAGCCGCUUCUCAAGGCUGACAAAUAG